GUGCGACAGUUCUUGCUCGGCAGCGAUGAUAUGAGGACUAGUUCGUCGACGACCUAGACGACGGUCUCGUCGUAUCGUAUCGUAACUCCUUGAAAUGCAGAGCUCUGAUCCUUUACUGCAGGACGUGUUACUAAAGUUAAGUAUUUCAGUAGUAUACCGAGCGCAAGUCUGCCCAGUUUAACGUUAUCAUAUUUCUCAAGUACAAGUACAAGUACAAGUACGAGUUGUACGGAUAACAGUACGAUAGUACCGAGUAUAGUUUAGUAAAGUAAAGAUUGAACGCUGACUCGCGUGUUACAAGGCCUUCAAAGUUUUCUCAACCGAUGGGGUGGGCACUGGGUCACCAUUUGGAGCUUUUCGUGCCAGCAAAGUGCAUGAUAUUUAUUUUGUGACUCUUUAUCUUUAUAUUAUUAUUACUAUUAUUAUCAGACAUAUUUUUUUUAUCGAUGAAAUUCCUCUGGAUGUCACGUUACGUUCGACAGAAGACAUCCGAGGAUGUCGAGGAGUACAGAAAUAAUGUGGAGCCGGAACUAGUGAUUCCUUUGGUGUGGACGAGUAAACGGAGUCUCGAGCUCGAGGAGCUUACGAGUGAAAGAGAAUUAUUAUCACCAGCAACAACAGCAACCAUGGCCUCGACCAGUGGACACAAGAGAAACGGCUCAAGCUCUAGCAUGUUCGCCCACAGACGUACAGAGUCUGGCAGUGGGUUUAUCGGACACAAACGCCCUGAAACCGGACACAAACGUGCUGAGAGUAUAUCAACAGCCUUUGGUCACAAGAGAAAUGACAGCUACAGCGGCUUUGGUCACAAGAGAUCCGAGUCCGGUAGUAAUUAUCACGCAGGACAUCGCAGAAACGAAAGUAUGUACGCAAUGACAGGAUUGUAUGCCGAGAGUGCGGCGAAUAUCGUUGAUGAUGGUCUAGACCUACCGCAAUCAGGAGACGGCAGAUUAACCCAUGAUACUGUAAUCAGGUGUCACAGUAGAAACCCAAGCUCUGGUCUUGUUGAUCACAGAGAUUUUAUCAUCAAAUGCCACAGCAGGAAUCCAAGUGCUUCCAUGGUCGACAGAACGGAGAAGGAACGGCCACAGACACCACCUAUUAAUCCAGACUCCAAAGACUGCGGUAUAUUAAGCUGCAGGCCGGCCUUUAUACAAAAGUUCGCUACGAUAAAGGUCUUCGUGUUCCUGCUGUCAUUCCUGGUCACAGUGCAACAAGCGCUAAGCUCAGGUUACAUAAAUUCAGUGAUCACGACAAUUGAAAAGAGAUUUGAAAUUCCAUCAAGUUUGUCAGGUCUCAUUGCCAGCUCAUAUGAAAUCGGCAACGUUAUCACCGUCAUAUUUGUCAGUUAUCUCGGUAGCAGACGACAUAUACCUGUUUGGAUUGCCAUAGGUGCGGUGAUAAUGGGUCUCGGUUCAAUGAUCUUCAUGAUCCCCCACUUUGUUGCCGAGCCGAACUUAACAACAGCAUCCAACAACUCGAGCUCUGAUAAUAUUUGCCGUGGAGUAUCUCUGCGCGAGCAAGAUAUGGGCUUGGGUCGACUUUCAUCGGGCUUAUCAUCGCCACCACUGGCACCACACAAUAAUUUACGUGGUGACAAUUGUAUUCAAGGUUCGCCAUCAACCGCCGGGCCUGUUAUGCUCUUUGUCUUGGCCCAGCUUUUACUCGGCUGCGGUGGUUCGCCUCUUUUUACUCUCGGUACCACUUAUAUAGACGAUCACGUGAGACCAGAAAGUGCUUCUCUGUAUAUCGGAUGUAUGUACAGCAUGGCAGCAUUUGGCCCAGUCUUGGGAUUUCUUCUAGGCGCAUACCUUUUAUCUUUUCACAUGGAUUCAUUUACCUCCAAUAUCAUCAGUAUAGAUCCUGGUGAUCACAGAUGGGUCGGAAUGUGGUGGGGCGGAUUUUUAUUAUGCGGUCUUUUGCUUAUACUCGUGGCGAUUCCAUUCUUCAGUUUUCCCAAGACUCUUCAGCACGAAAAGGAGAAGAUUAAAAUAAUCGAAAAGAACAAGUCGGCAAUCGCCAAAGAAAAGGAAGCUAAUAAAGAUUUAAAGAAGGAAAUUAAAAAUGAUGACAGCGGCUACGGAAAAGAUGUAAAAGACAUUCCGCGAAGUAUGUGGCGGCUUGUUUGUAAUCCAGUGUACGUAGUAACCUGUCUAGGUGCUUGUAUGGAGUUGGUUAUUGUGUCGGGUUUUGUGGUUUUUCUGCCGAAAUAUCUUGAGACCCAGUUUAGUUUGGGUAAAAGCCAAGCGAGUAUAUUUACCGGUUCAAUAGCAAUUCCCGGUGCUUGUAUUGGUAUAUUUUUUGGUGGGUGUCUGUUAAAACGUUUGGAAUUAAGGCCAAAGGGUGCCGUUCAGUUUGUGCUGGUAUCAAACAUCGUGUGUUUAACGUGUUAUGGAUUAUUAUUUUUCCUCGGAUGUGACAACGUCAGAAUGGCCGGGACAACAAUACCAUAUUUCAAUAGCAGCACAAAAGGACCAGAGCCAUUUCAGGUUAAUCUCACUGCCUCAUGUAAUUUUGGAUGUGAGUGUCGUAUGAAUGACGUUGAACCUGUUUGCGGUAACAAUGGCCUCACGUACUUCAGUCCUUGUCAUGCUGGUUGCACUGAUUUUAGUUCUAAAUCAAAUUUCACAAACUGCGCAUGUAUACAUGGAAGCUUACCAAUGCCAAGAUUACCAGCAGAAGUAACAGCAAUACCUGUUGCAACAUCUGGGCCUUGUACGUCACCAUGUAAAACAAUAUUUCCGUUUCUCAUUUUACUAUUUUUUAUGACAUUCGUCGUAGCUGUUACACAAAUGCCAUUAUUGAUGAUCGUAUUACGAUCAGUUGGUGAAGAAGAAAGAUCAUUUGCACUGGGUAUGCAAUUUGUAAUAUUCAGGUUAUUUGGUUACAUACCAGCGCCAAUACUUUUUGGUAAUUUAAUUGAUUCGACGUGUUUACUUUGGAAAAGUACUUGCGGAGAAAAAGGUGGACGUUGUUUACUCUACGAUAUCGAGCAAUUUAGAUACAAAUACGUUGGACUUUGUGCAGGAAUUAAAAUUCUAGCAUUAGCGUUAUUUUUAGUUGACUGGUGGCUCGUAAGACGAAGGCACCAGCUCGAAGACUCGCCCAAAGGAUUAACUGUUAAUGACAUCGUCGGUUCUAUUAUUAGUCUUGAUAAAUUAUUUGAAGAGAAGCCACAGCAUCUUAAUCUAGCGGAAAAUGAGCCAAUAACGGGAAACUCAACCGAGCACACACCGUCCUCGAUCUCAUCGCCAACAGAGCAAACUAAAUCAACAAAUAUUGAAGAAAGUGAGUCGACACACUUGACCCAGGGCUCGACGGACACAACAAAUCACUCGAAACUGUUGGCUGAUUUUUCCGACACGCGACAAGACGAUGACGUUGAAUUUCGACCUCUAAACGGUAAAUUUGAAUCCACUGAUCGUAACGUUUAAUGACGAUCUUACUCUAGAUUAUUAUAAUUAUUAUUAUUUUAAAAUUUUAAUUUUAAUUUCAAUAUUUCUGGCAAAUUAUUCAAUGAGCUUCAGCUUAAAAAUUUUAUUAUACGAUAUUUAUUUUUUAAAUUAUCACUUUUUUAUGAUACUCAAGUUAGCCGACGUCUAAUAAUUAUUGAAUUUUUUUUAAACGAUAAAUCAUAAAAAAAAAAAUAUUUUAAAAAAUUCCACCUCGAGUUCUUUUAAUUUUCUACAUGUGCAUAUUUUUAUUUUUUGAAAAAAAAAUCCGAAAAUUUUUAAAUGUCUCUCAAUGUCAGUAUCAUAUUUUUGUGAAAUUGAAGUUAGCCGGCAAUAAUUUUUGGAUUUUUUUUAAAACGAUAAAUCAUAAAAAAAAUUCCACCUCGAGUUUUUUUAAUUUUCUACAUGUGCAUAUUUUUAUUUUUUGAAAAAAAAAAAUCCGAAAAUUUUUAAAUGUCUGUUAACUUCAGGAUCAUAUUUUUGUAAUAUGAUACUGAAGUCAGCCGACGUCUAAUAAUUUUUGGAUUGCUUUACUCAACGAUAAAUUAAAAAAAAAAAUAUUUGAAAAAAUUUCACCUAUAGUUUUUUGAAUUUUCUAUAUGUGAAUAUUUUUAUUUUUUUUUUAUGUUAUUAAUUUGUUUAAAUAAAAAUUCAAAAUUUUUUGAUCAUCUGUCAAUUUCAUGAUCCCGAAGUUAGCAGACAAUUAAAAAUUUUCGGAUUGUGUUUUCAACAAAUCAAUUACAAAAAAAUAAAAGCUAAAAAUAUGCACAUGUAGAAAAUUUAAAAAACUACAGAUGGAAUUGUUUCAAAUUUUUUUUUUUUAUAAUUUACCGUCUAAAUGAAAAUUCAAAAAUUAUUAGAUGUCGGCUAACUUCAGUAUCAUGUCAAUUUCAGGAUCAUUUUUAUAAUUCUGAAGUUAGCCGACGUCAAACAAUUUUUGGAUUUUUUUUUAAAACCAUAAACCAUAAAAAAAAAAUAUUUUAAAAAAUUCCACCUCGGGUUUUUUAAAUUUUCUACAUGUGUAUAUUUUUAUUUUUUUUUUUUUCAUAGUUGAUUUAAAAAAAAAAUCCAAAAAUUUUUAAAUGUCUCUCAACUUCAGGAUCAUAUUUUUUGAUAUUUAAUACAGACACAAUAAUAUACAUAUCAUUGUCACACGUGUAGCGAUUUUUUGUUGAGCUAAUGAAUUUAUUUGUCACUAAUUCCCGCUGACGUUGUAGUGAUAAUGAUAAAUUAUAUACCCACAUAUAUAUCAAUUAAUACUACAAUGCGAUUUAUAAUACAAGGUAACAAAAAACUGCAAUUAAAACUCAUAAUUAUUUUUUUUUAGUUUAUUAAUUAAACUGUAGCUUGUCUCGGACGCGAUGCUUGAAGUUUUGUGUUUUUAUCUUACAAUGAGCUUUUAUUAUCUCGGAUCUCUUUAAUUAUUUACUCCUAUUAUCAGUUUAUUAAAUAUAUAACUUUAGAUAAUUAUAAAUUUAUAAAAAAUCUAUAGAUGCACUAUUUUUGUCAAAAUUAUCGGGCUAAAAAUAAUAAAUACUAAAUAUAUAGAGAGAGAUCAUGGAACGAUGCACAAAUAUCUUCCUCGUCUGAUUCAAGCUUCAAUAAUUAGGCUAAUUAAUUAAGAGUUUUGAGGCGAGAUUAAAGAUAUUAAUUUAAAUAUAUUAUAUUUAAUUGUAAAUAUAUAAAUUCCUGCCUUAAAAAAAAAAAAAUAAGACUAGACUUUAAUUAAUUUUAAAAUUAGGCUAAAUGAUAUAUAUAUUAAUUUAAUGCAGAGAUAAUUAUUUAUCGUAUAUCCAUAAAUUUAAUUAAAUGUUCUCAACAAUUAGUCAAUAUUUAGUGAUAGUAAAUGGGAUUAGAAAUACAAAUCGAGUCUAAAUAAAAUAUAUUAUUGGGAUUGUUUAUGAACUAGAUAAUUAAAAAAAAAAAUAAAUGUUUUGUUUGUCCUAGUAAAUGUAAUUUAAAUGUACUUCCAAGUUGAAGAUCUGUAUUUUGUGUUUGAAAACUAGUUAAAAAAAAAAUUACAAGUUAAAUGAAUAAACAAUUAGCUCAAGAGGCAGUCAUGUACCUGAAAGCCUCUCGAUUUAAUCGAACAGAAAUAUUAAAUUAUAUAAUUAACUCAGGAAUGCUAUUCAUUGUGAAUUGCUCGGACAAUGCAAAGCAAUGUUCUUAGAUUUAAAUAU